AAUGAGGGCAACUGGUUUGCUGAGGAAUCCUUUCCACUUCAUUGGCCCUAUCGCUGCUGCUGCUGCUCCUUUUCACGAUACUCCAGGAUAGUAUUGGUUCGUUUGCCAAGUCGCUCUACAGGAUACUCUCGCUCCUCAAGGAUCCUUAUUGGGUAUAUCGGAUUACAGAGGCGGCGAUAAUGAAAGCAAGAAGCAAGCGCUAUGCCAGGGCUGUCGACUAUUUACUCCGUAUGCAUUGCUGACGUCGAGAUUUCAAAAACGAUGGUACUGCUACCCACCAGACAUCUCGGAAUGACAACGGCGACAAAACAAAUUCUGGCAAGCCUUGUAGGGAUGAAAAGCGAACCGAAAGAACGGGUCCACCUCCAAUGCGGUAUCUUACGGAAAACCAUGCCAAAAGCUCCGUUUAAAUUACUGGCAAAAAGGGGAGGGAGGUGGGUGGACAUCGUUGCUUGUCCGACAAUGGACUCCGCUGUUUUGAAAAAUAACAUAGGUUCACAGGUGCCAUAUGAAUAAUGGGAUGAUCUGACAGCUGGCACAAUAUGGCUUACAGAUAGCGACACAAUACCUACAUAGAUGUUUUAUCGACAAAAGAAAUCUAACACAAGUUUCUGCCCCUGUCAACUGCAUUGAAAAUGACAAUGGUGACGGACUCGACACAUGAUUGUCUUCGGGUGAGAAAGAAAGAACC